AUGGUCUGGCCCGCAGCUGAACCCGUUCGAAAACCGCCUCCUCCCGUUGUUGAAUCUUCGUCGUCGCCUUCGCCUUCUUCGCCUUCUGCGUCGUCUUCAGAGUCUUUGCCAUUGCAUUCGCAUUCGUUUCAACCACAACAGCGGUACCAUCGCCGCCAAUCCGCCAAUCGCCCUCCUCACAAUCACCACAUCCCGCCGGCCAGUCCGAGUCCCAGAAACUGGCACCACCACCGCCAACAGCAGUGGCUCGACCGCAUCCCCUACGACCUCCCCCCUCAGCACCCCCUCCUCGAGGAACCCUCCUCCCAGUCCACGAUGUCAUCCUCGAUGCCGUCAACGGCUCCCCAGCCUCGUGGCUUCAUCAACAUGCCGGGAUCAUACUACUCCCGCUCAAACUCUCCUUCCUCCGAAGAACAAGCCAUGUUCCACCACGCGCACGACGACCCCUCGCCUCCAUACCAGCAACCUACCAACUCUUCUUCUUCUUCCAACAAAAACAACAGACUCCUCUCCCCGCCACCCUCAUCCUUGUCACCAUCCCUACAAGGCACCUUCCCACUCAUCCCCUCAGCCCAACCCCGUCCCUCCAUUCCCUACACCUCAUCAUCAUCUUCAUUCUACGAACCAUCUCCCCCUCCAUUCACAAACAUAUCCGACUCCACCCAAGCAGCAAAUUAUUCCGAAUCUUCAUCGCCAAUGAGUCCCAUUCCACGACCUCAAGUUCUGAGCCACUUCCGUUGUAGCCAUGGCCAUGGUCGCAGUGACAGCGGAAGCGAAAGGGGGAGCGGAAAUGGCAAUAGGAGAUGUCCUCGAACCGCCGAAGAAACCGAGGCGCUCGCGCUCAACGCCGUCGUAGAGGGUAUAGGCAGGAUGCAAGUCAACAUGAACCUGGACCAGGCAGGCAGGUGGAGGAUCGCUCGUCGGGCCGACGCGCCUUGGUAG